CUGAGGAGGUUAAGCUCGCUGGCCUGUUGAUUUGGUAACUAUGGAUGCCCAGGAGGUUCAUGGGACGCCUUAUAAAGAGCUUUGUCUGAGUGACACACACAGAAAUCCAGGCACACUCUCCCUCCCCGGCUCAGAGAGACCUUGCUGCUGCUGCUGCUGCUGCUGCUGCUGCUUGCUUCGCUCUCUCUGACUCUUGAGCUGCAUCCAGAGGAUCCUGGCGGUUGAUCAGACUGCCUCUCCUGCUGAACCGGCAGAGAAGAAUAGCUGCUGGUGGCCAUCGUCAUCGGCCUGCUCUCCUGGAAGGGCCCAGAGAAGGGGAGAUGGAGCCAGCAGAAUCUGGGCACCCGGAAGGGAAAGGAACCCCCCCCAAAGACCCCAUCAGCAAAGCAACCAAUGGCGGAGGGAAGCCAAAGCAAGAGGACUGGCAGGAUGCCAAGGCAUUUUAUGACAACCUGUCUCCGAAAAAGAAACCCAAAUCGCCAAAGCCUCAACACGCCAUCACGAUCGCAGUGUCGUCACGAGCCCUGUUCCGGAUGGAGGAGGAGCAGAAGAUUUACAGCGAGCAGGGCGUGGAGGCAUACGUGAAGUACCAGCUGGACCAUGAGAACGAGCCCUUCCUGCCAGGAGCGGCCUUCCCAUUUGUCAAGGCCCUGGAAGCUGUCAACACUCAGCUGCGGGAGCUCUACCCAGAGAGCGAGGAGCUCUUCGACAUCGUCCUCAUGACUAACAACCAUGCUCAAGUGGGUGUCCGCCUGAUCAACAGCAUCAACCAUUACAAUCUGUUCAUCGAGAGGUUUUGCAUGACAGGUGGGAACAGCCCCAUCUGCUACCUGAAGGCCUACCACACCAACCUGUACCUGUCGUCCGACUGUGAGAAAGUGAGUGAGGCCAUAGAAGAGGGAAUUGCUGCUGCCACCAUCUUCAGCCCCAACAGGGACGUGCACGUCUCCGAAAACCAGCUGCGUGUAGCCUUCGAUGGGGACGCUGUGCUUUUCUCUGAUGAGUCUGAGCAGAUCGUGAAGGCUCAUGGCCUUGACAAGUUCUUCGAGCACGAGCAGACCUAUGAAAACAAGCCGCUGGCUCAGGGGCCACUGAAGGGCUUCUUGGAAGCUCUUGGGAAGCUGCAGAAGAAGUUCUACUCCAAGGGUUUGCGCCUGGAAUGCCCCAUCCGCACCUACCUGGUCACAGCCCGGAGUGCUGCCAGCUCGGGAGCGCGUGCUCUAAAGACUCUCCGGAGCUGGGGACUAGAAACAGACGAGGCCCUCUUCCUCGCUGGCGCCCCCAAGGGCCCCUUGCUGGAGAAGAUCCGCCCCCACAUCUUCUUUGACGACCAAAUGUUCCACGUGGAGGGGGCAAAGGAGAUGGGCACCAUUGCAGCCCACGUGCCAUAUGGGGUGGCACAGAAAUACAGGCGCUCGGUGCAAGGGAAAGCAAGUCAGAACAGCAAGUAGCCGUGGAUGGUGGGACUGGACUCAUCCGACCUUUCCGAUGUGGAGAUCAAUGUUUCUCUUGCAGGAUGAAAAGUCUGGAGCAUCUUCUGUUACGAGAACCAAAGGGGUUCCAAGGGCAGGCAUCUUGUCUGGGGGAAGCCUCCUGCUGCCCAUAUGUUUGGGCACUCUCUGGAAAUGCCCCUUGGCUUCAUGCUUCUCACUUCCACUGUGUCCACCCGUCAUGGCCAGUGUCUGUCGGGGGUCCUCAGUGUCACUCCUGCUCCCACUCAUAUGAUGCUUCAAGGUUGUUUUUGCUCCUAGAUGUCCGCGGUGUCUAGAGCCCUCCAAUGGCCUGUUCUGCUGUAGGAGAGUUGUUUGUAUUCCACCACUGUGCUGUGCAGCAUUUGCUAGAGGUGCAGAAUCCAGCACUGUGAACAAUUCCAGCUGUCAUCACCUUCUGUGUGUCUUCUUAAAAGGCCAUUCCUCGCUCUUACGACUGCAGAGAUAAGCUCGAAAGCUGGUGGCUGAUGCCCGAUGAAACCUCAGGAGCUACUUUGUGCCAUACAAUAAGGCUUAUCUAGGCACACAGUCCCGUUUCACACACACACACACAUACCCUAACAUAACAUGUUCCCCAGGCCAGCAGUAGACAACUCCAGAGCAAAAGUGGAGAAAUCAGCCUUUGCUCAGACUAGGCCUCCUGGGUCAUCGAACUCCUGAAAUAUGGAUCAGGCCCCUCUUCUCUCCCCAGGCAAGGGUGGGGAGACCCAGACUGCCUUUGCAGAGUCCGUUUUCUUGGGAAUAAAGAUAUAAAGAGAGAGAGAGAGAGAGAGCAGAUGUUGUCCGUGAUGAUCUCUUUAUUAGUUGAUAUAAUGGCAAUGCAAUACACAUGAUGGAUCUGCUACAAUACUUCUCUCCAGACCAUUUUUAUUGCAUAAAUUAAAACAUAGAAAGAGGGAAUUGCAACAAAGAACAGACAUUUUGCCGUAUAUACAUCAGCUUCAGUGUUCUAUAUCCCGCUGUUUAAAAUCCACACGUAUAUCCAAGACAUUCCCCCAAUCUAAACACCUGAGUAAUACAUAGCAAAUGGGGGAGGAGAGAGGAGGAGAAGGUUGAUGACUCACAGCUAUGCCUGGUUAUCCUUGACAUUGAGAGAGAAAAACCUAGAAGAGGGAGGGUAUGGCACAAGAAUGUUAUUUGCACCCUUUAAUAGCCUAUGUACUUUCCCUCAUUUCUUCUUUGCCGUUAUCCUCUGGCCGUAGUUUAUCCAAAUAUAAUGCUUCCCUUA